CCUUGUCGGCGGGCGGGGUUUGCCGUAAACCCGCGAGUAGCGACCCCGCCGGUGCGGGGCUCGGCUGCUGCUCGCCGUCCACGGUACCCGGUACGCGAUGCGUGCGGGCGGGGAGGCGCCGCACCAGGUGCUGGGCCGGCUGCGGUUCCUGCUGCAGUGCAGCGAGUGCUUCCGCCGCGCCCGGCCGCUGCCCGCCGCUCUCUGCUACGUGCCUCGGGAGGUGCAGUACAAGAUCUGCAAGGACCCCGCUGCCGCCGCCGCUGCCGCCGCCCGCAGCCUGCUCAGCGUCUGGGAUAGCCCGGGGCCGGCGCGGGGCGGCAAGCGGGCGGCGCGGACCACCAUCGAGGUGCGGAAGGGCGGCUGCCUCCGCGCCACCGGCGAGGAGUACUGCAACGGCGCCGGGCUCUGGGUCAAGCUCAGCAAGGAGCAGCUGGAGGAGUACCGCAGCGGCUGCGAGCUGGAGGAGGGCUGGGUGCUGGUGUGCAAGCACGCCGACGGCGGGGACCGGCUGGUGCCGGUGGAGUCCACGGAGCGGAUCCAGCGGCAGCAGCAGCUCUUCGGGGUGGACUACAAACCCGUCAUCAGAUGGGAGCAAGUGGUGGAUUUGACGUACUCCCUGCGCCUCGGAGCAAAGCCAAAGCCCAUGGAGCAGGAUGAGGCUGCGGUAGAGAAGCUUCGGUUUGUGCCCCCAACAUGGACUUAUGAAUGUGAUGAAGACUUGGUGCAUUUCCUGUAUGAUCACAUUGGGAAGGAGGAUGAGAACUUGGGCAGUGUCAAGCAGUAUGUGGACAGCAUCGAUGUCUCGUCUUACACGGAGGACUUCAAUGUGUCAUGCUUGACUGACAGCCAUGCCGACACGUACUGGGAGAGUGACGGGUCCCAGGGCCAGCACUGGGUGCGGCUCAACAUGAAGAAAGGCACUAUUGUCAAGAAGCUCCUGCUGACAGUGGAUACCACCGAUGAGAACUUCAUGCCCAAGCGGGUCGCCGUGUAUGGGGGCGAGGGCGACAAUCUGAAGAAACUGAAUGACGUCGGUAUUGAUGAGAGCUACAUUGGGGAUGUGUGCGUUCUUGAGGACAUGACAACACACCUGCCUGUUAUCGAGAUUCGGAUUGUGGAGUGCAGAGAUGAUGGAAUUGAUGUUCGCCUCCGAGGUAUCAAAAUCAAAUCCUCCCGACAGAGGGACUUGGGGCUCAGCGCUGACAUGUUCCAGCUGCCCAAUUUAGUGCGCUACCCCCGUCUGGAAGGGACAGACCCUGACCUGCUGUACCGACGGGCCGUGCUCAUUCAAAGGUUCAUCAAGCUUCUGGACAGUGUCCUGCAUCACUUGGUACCAGCCUGGGACCAUACUGUUGGCACAUUCAGCAAACUCAAGCAUAUCAAGCAGUUCUUGCUGCUGUCCAAGAGGCGCACAGCUCUCAUCACCCAGUGUCUGAAGGACUCGGAGACCAGCAAGCCCAAUUUCAUGCCGCGGCUCUAUAUUAACCGACGCCUGGCUAUGGAGCACCGAGACAACCCUGCCCUGGACCCCAGCUGCAAGAAUGCUGUCUUCACCCAGGUGUAUGAAGGACUGAAACCCUCUGACAAGUUUGAAAAGCCUCUAGAUUAUAGGUGGCCGUUGCGUUAUGACCAGUGGUGGGAAUGCAAAUUCAUCGCAGAGGGCAUCAUCGACCAAGGUGGUGGUUUUCGGGACAGCCUGGCAGACAUGUCGGAGGAGCUGUGUCCCAGCUCGGCAGACACCCCCGUGCCUCUGCCCUUCUUUGUGCGCACUUCCAACCAGGGUAACGGCACUGGAGAAGCCAGGGACAUGUACGUCCCCAACCCCUCCUGUAAAGACUUCCCAAAGUACGAGUGGAUUGGGCAGAUCAUGGGAGCAGCUCUGAGGGGCAAGGAGUUUCUGGUGCUGGCUCUUCCUGGCUUCGUAUGGAAACAGUUAACAGGGGAGGAGGUCAGCUGGAGCAAAGACUUCCCUGCUGUGGACUCCGUGCUGGUGAAGCUCCUGGAGGUGAUGGAAGUGAUGGACAAAGACACCUUUGAGUUCAAAUUCGGGAAUGAGCUGACCUACACAACGGUGCUGAGUGACCAGCGCAUGGUGGAGCUGAUCCCCAAUGGCAGCAGCACUGUGGUGCACUAUGAGGAUCGCAAGGAGUUCAUCCGCCUUGUGCAGAAGGCUCGACUGGAGGAGAGCAAGGAGCAGAUCAUGGCUAUGCAGGCUGGACUGUUGAAGGUGGUGCCCCAAGCUGUUCUUGACCUCCUCACCUGGCAGGAGCUGGAAAAAAAAGUCUGUGGAGACCCUGAAGUCACAGUUGAUGCCCUGAAGAAGCUCACCCGGUUUGAGGACUUUGAGCCAUUGGACACCCGUGUUCAGUACUUCUGGGAAGCACUCAACAACUUCACCAAUGAGGAUCGCAGCCGCUUCCUCAGAUUUGUCACUGGCAGAAGCCGCCUUCCAGCACGGAUCUACAUCUAUCCAGACAAGAUGGGCUCUGAGACAACAGAUGCUUUGCCAGAGUCAUCCACCUGCUCCAGCACCCUCUUCUUGCCCAACUAUGCCACAGCCAAGGUAUGUGAAGAGAAGUUGCGCUAUGCCGCCUAUAACUGCGUGGCCAUUGACACAGAUAUGAGUCCGUGGGAAGAGUGAUGUUGCAGCCUGACUGAGCAGUAUGGACAAUCGUUUGACAAAUCCACGCAGUGGGAAGAGCUCCCCUGUCCCCCCAGGAUGUGUAUAUAUAAUAAACAUAUAGGUGUGAAGCCUGGCUCCCAGCAGUGGUAACCAGCAUCUCUUUGGACAUGGAGGUUUGAGUUUUAGCAGGGUGGGAGCUAGCUUGGAGUGUAAAUGUGGUUGCAAUAAUGAAACCCUGACCCAGCCCUCAUACAUCAGAAAGGUCUGGUAGGCUUUUGUAAUGAGUUUCUUCUUCACAUGUCCCUGUUGCAGCUCCACAACUCUCGCUCCUCCCAGGCUGCACUCUGUUCCAAAGAGAAGUGGGGUAGGACCACAAAGCUGCAUGGCAGGUUACACCACAGGACGGAGAACUGUGAGCUGCUGCUGAGACCAUGGGGAUGCUCAGAGAUGCUCAGUGUGCCCUAGCCUGAGUGUCCUGACUGCGUUCCCUUGCCUGGUUCCUGCUGUCACCUGAGCUCAAUGGAAAUGAGAUGAUUCAUCUAGGUUUUAAGAAGAAAUGGGGCAGUCUGGUGGCAGGUGCUGCAGGGGUGCCUCUGGCCACCAGGUGUCACGACAGACCUGCACAGCAGGACUGCGGGUGCUGUCAGGAAAGGGCUCCCAUGGUUUUACAUUGCACAAAAUCCCGGUUCCUGUGACCACCCGUGGUUCCCUGUACCCCUUGCACAGCAGCGGCUGCUGGGGGUGCUGCUCCCCUACAGGAGGUGGGGACUGUCUGCUUCCCUCCUGCUCUGUAACCUUCAGUUCUGCAUCUGGCAUGCUGGUGGCCUAGCAGCUGUUCUCCCAUGCUCUUUGAGUCUUGGUUUUCCCCUGAAAGCCAGUAUUACAACUAAUCUGUUCUAGUUCUUGUGGAGAUGUGCAGGCAGGGCCAAGCUCUUCUCCCAGACAGGAGGGGCUAGAGCAGUAGCAGGUAUGGCAGUGCUGGGCUCUGCUUCCCUCUGCUGUGGGGAGGUAGGUGGAGGUUUCAGGUGGCCAGGGAAAGCCUUUGCCCCAGGGGAAUGGAGAGACUGGGGGGGUGCCAAGGGUUGGAGCUCCUUGAGCAAAUCAUAGAAUCAUAGAAUGGUUAGGGUUGGAAGGGACCUCAAAAAUCAUCUAGUUCCAACCCCCCUGCUGCGGGCAGGGACACCCUCCACUAGACCACGUUGCCCAAAGCCUCAUACAACCUGGUCUUGAAUGCUUCCAGGGAUGGGGCCUCCACAACCUCUCCGGGCAACCUGUUCCAGUGCCUCACCACUCUAACAGUAAAUGGACACACUGUGUGUGCAAGGAGCGGGCAAUGAAAGUUUUACAACUUUAAGGAAUAUUUCCAAUGGUCUUGACCUUCCCAGCCCUGGACAGGGCUAGUCAUUGCCUAGCACUGUGAGCUACCAGAUGUUGGUUCAUUUUUAUACCCCCAGCUCUGUCUUCAGCCCAUGUGGUCUGUUGGACCACCACUGGUAAGAGCCACUGAGUCGCUGGGGCUUCACUGGAGCAGGGCAAAUGCUGAGUUAAGAUUCAUUCUGUCUUAACGCUUCAUGCCUUUUAUUCUGUUGAAGGAGUCUGUCAUCCAGAAAUCACUUCAAGUUGUAAACUAAGUCCUUUCCUUCACCGAUUUCCUUUGAAACUGCUGUAUUCCCACACCUGCUGCAGAGGUUUGUACUAAAAGGGACAUAGGACCAGGAGAGAGCAUGUGUUGCCAUCUCCCACAUCACAGUGCGUGGAAGGAGUAUAAUGUGAGCAGGGAAGCUGUUUCUGGCAGCCCUUGCCUGCAGCAGAGCCUUCCAUGCUCAGCUGCGUCGGUGUGAAGUCCCAUCUGCUGGAGGAGGGUUUCUGUAAAUCCUAGAGUUAUCUCAGAAUUGAGCUUUCUGGCUUUGUGGCUGACUUCAAUGACCAGCAUGGACAGGAGCAGAGCCAAUGUGAUACCUUUUCAUGUUGGUGGCUUCCUAGGGUGUCUGUUUUAAAUGGGCAUGAGCGAGCUGGUGAAAGGACUUUAAUCUGCUGGCUUGGCCUCGCUCAGGAGUAUUGGUGAAGGAGUCUUCAGCAUCAAGCUGGGAUUUGAAAUGAGCCAUCCUAGAUCCUUCCUGGCCACUGACACUUGGGUGGAAUCAGUCCUGCUUUUUCCACCCUUGCCCACUUGUCUUUAAGGGAGAUCAGCAGGGAGGUCACAUUAUUUACUGAGCAGAACUAGAAGUAGCAAGACAAAUUGACUCCUCUCUGGUGCUUUAUUGCCAGGCAGGGGACAAUUGGUUGAUGAGUGGCUCAGGGUGGGAUGGAUAAAAUGGCCCUAGUUUUUGGUGGGGGGUGAGCUGAUGUCAUCUAUGGGAAUGGGCAGGCUAAGAGCCAGCUGGGACUGCUUGGGGUGACCAGCUAUGGGGUAUGGGCAUGUCUGGCUGAGACAUCUCCCACAGGUGACCUCUGGCUCCCUUGGCCUUGGUGGAAGCGACUGCAGCUGACAGAGGGUAACUGAGGUAAUUAUGGAGGUACCCAGACCAGCUCAGGUUUCUCACUGAGGGAUGAGGUGCUUGGACAGCUCUAUUCCCUCUUGUCAUCCAUGUACACAGUUGUGGCUGGCUGUGAUGAGGACAGAGCUGCUGUGCAGGGCAAUGCUGAGAGCAGAGCCUGGCUGAAGCAGUGGGAUCCUUUCCUAGAAGCAUGGUGGCAUCUCCAUCCUUGGAGAUGUUCAAGACUUGUUUUACAGCCCUGGGCAGUCUAACUUCCUCUCUUGCUGGCUUCAGGUCUAGGUCCUCCCUAACCUGAAGCACUUGAUGACUCUGGAGUUACCGACUCCAGCUUUUCCCACAUUUCUCUACUCUUUCUCCCAGCAAGGUCUAUUAGCCCCUGACCUCUCACAGCCUUGGGUUUAUUUCCUGCCACUGAGAAAAGAGUGCUGCGCAGGGGCUUGCUGGAGCUCUGAUGUGAGUGCUGGAGCUCUGGGGAAAGGAUCUAGCUGGUAACGGGGAUUUCUCUUUUAAAAAUAUUUGUAGUAACAGGACCGUGGCCCUAGCAGGAAGGUUGCAGUCGGGAGCUCAUCCAGGAUGUUCUGGGUUUAACCCCUACAAGCACAUUGCUGCAGCAAGGUCUCAGCUGAGAUCAUCUAGUGCAUGGUCAGAGGGUCUGGACAAACAUGGCUGCUGACUAAGGAUGCCAAGAUAACCUACAGAUAGUGCUGUUGAGUUUGCUGUGCAAAAGUGAGCUGGGAAGGGGGAGCUGGUAACCUGCCUGGAUCUCCUCUGCACAGUCCUCUGUCUCAUCUGGUGUUUUAAAGCCAAUCAUAAACUGAAUUUCUGCUGUGACAGCCCAGUGAAUUGUGGAAAAGGUCAGCCUGGCUCAGCCCUCGCCAAUCUCAGGGGCCUAAAGUAGGUGUUAUUUCAUUGCUGGGCACAUUCCUUCUCCUCUGAUCUGUAAAGCUGCAGGUAGGAGCUGUCUCCUGCCAUCUUUUACAAGACACAAGUCCAGUGCCCCUGCCCCGGACUCCUUCUGCACGUGGCCCGGGAUGAGGGAGCCCUCCUGGGCACCAGGAACCAGAGGCUGUGCAUCCCCACCCCAUCACCCAGUCUCAAGGUGGUCAAGAUUGAUUUUCUAGCCAGUGCCAUCCUGAGGAAGGUGCUGGUGCCCCUGUGCUGCUGAGAAGAGGAGGCAUCCGUGUGUGCCAGAGCUGCCGCUUUGCAGGGGGGCUAGGGAUGAGCUGGGGGAGGGACUGAUACCAUGACGGCUCUGUGUAACCACUUGCUCUCUCCUGACUAAACUUGCUGAAUUGUUAUAGAAUAGCUUCAGGUGAUUAAUAAUGCACGUGUAGUCUAGCUGUUCUUGUUAUUCCACUAAUACCCUGGAGUAUGACAAGCUAUAAAUAGUUCGACAGGAUCUGUCUGUCCCUACCUCAUGUAGGAUCUAAAAUAAAGUGACCGAACUAACUGU